AUGGCCACAGUUCAACUCACUAUUGGUCUUGGCCUCUCCCUUAUCUUUCUCAUUUAUAGCGUAAGCCUCUCAAAUUGGAGUUGUGGCACCAUUUUAGGCUCCUGCCUAAAUGAGACGUCUGCAGAGUCAUAUCAGACUGUGGGAGGCCUCCUUGUUAGUGCCAAAGUGAUAAACAUCAUCGCCAUCGCAGUUGCCCUUGUUGGAUGCGUAGUGUGGUGGGCUACGCCAAUCGCCCUGAUACUAACUUGGAUUGGUGGCAUCCUCGCUAUCCUGGCAAUGAAAUAUUACUUUAGCCACUUGGAUACAGUCUAUUGUCCCAUGUUGGCUGUCAGUGGGAGUAUCUUCGCCCUGGCUCUGUCAAUCAAAGGCACACUUGGCCUUGUGUUUGGUCUCUGCCUCUCCUUGCUCGGCCUCAUUCCUAGCAUAGUGCUCUCAAAUUGGAAUUGUGGCACCAUACUAGACUGCUGCUGGAAUGGAACAUUUACGGAGUCCUAUAGACCCGUGGGAGGCCUGCUCGUUGGUGCCAUCGUGGUAAACUGCAUCGCUUUCCCAGUUGCCAUUGCCGGAUGCGUAAGGUCGGGUGCCAAGGCAGCUGCCGUUGUGUUGACUUGGCUUGGUGGCAUCCUCGGUUUGGCUGCAAUUGCCUAUUACUUCGCCACAUUGGAUUCGAACUACUCACCGCUGUUGGCUGUCAUUGGAAUGACGGUUACGUUGGCCAUGGCAAUCGUUACAACCAUUACACUGAUACAGGAACGAGUAGCCUGA